UGUCAUUCUUGCUGGGUGCUGAAGGCAGGCUUCGGUGGACAAGGCUGAGGUUACUGCAGCUCCUUCCUGAGAGCUUCGGGUUCUCGUAUUUGUCUUCUCUACCUUUGCUCGUCCAGCUGUCUUUCAAUUUGCUUUGCCCAUACGUUCUCCAGAGUCACUGCUGCUUAGUUUGACCCUAGAAAAACUGACUUGACAGAUGACAUGUUUAAGUCACGCCUGCCAAGAAGUAUGAUCUGAAUGAACUUAACUCAUACAAGUUUUUAAAUGCAUUUAACCUAAGUUAUCAGAUGUCUACAAUUAUUUGUAACCUAAGGGGCUCAUGACACCAAAGGGGAGGGAUAAAAUGUGGAGACCUCAAAUGCUGUAAGAUCCCAUUACUGUAUAAUUAUUCGUAUGAAAUCAUUCACGUGCUGGCAGCCCCUAAGGAAACAAAAAACAGGGACUUUGCCAUUUGCCACCAUGCAGCAGACGACCAAAUUAUUUCUCGGAGCUUUGAAGUAUAGCAUUCCUCAUCUUGGGAAAUGCAUGCCGAAACAGAAUUACUGUAACGCCGCUGACCCUUAUUACAAUAGACUAAGAUUGAAAAACUAUCGGCUAACCAAGUGUCUGCAGAAUAAACCCAAGAUAACAGAAUUAGCACGAAACAUCCCAAGUCGGAGCUUCUCACGUAAGGAUCUUCUGCCUGUUAAGCCAGAGAGUGAAAAUUCCAUUUCUGAAGACAUGGAUGCAUUUGAAAAAGUGAGGACGAGGCUAGAAACACAGCCACAGGAAGAGUACGAAAUCGUCAAUGCGGAGAUUAAACAUGGCGGCUUUGUCUAUUAUCAAGAAGGUUGCUGCUUGGUCCGUUCCAAAGACGAAGAAGCUGACAGUGAUAAUUAUGAAGUUUUAUUCAACCUGGAAGAACUUAAACUGGAGCAGCCCUUCAUCGAUUGCAUCCGCGUUGCUCCUGACGAGAAGUACGUGGCUGCUAAGAUAAGGACGGAGGAUUCUGAAACCUCCACCUGCAUAGUGGUGAAGCUCAGCGACCAGCCUGCCAUGGAAGCCUCUUUCCCCAACGUGUCCAGCUUUGAAUGGGUGAAGGAUGAAGAAGAUGAAGAUGUCUUAUUCUACACCUUCCAGAGGAACCUCCGCUGUCACGAUGUGUACCGAGCCACGUUUGGUGACAACAGACGCAAUGAGCGGUUCUACACAGAGAAAGACCCCAGCUAUUUUGUUUUCCUCUAUCUUACAAAAGACAGUCGUUUCCUCACCCUGAAUAUCAUGAACAAGACGACUUCUGAGGUGUGGCUGAUCGACGGCCUGAGCCCGUGGGACCCACCAAUGCUCAUUCAGAAGAGAAUCCAUGGGAUGCUUUACUAUGUUGAGCAUCGAGAUGACGAAUUGUACAUCCUGACUAAUGUUGGAGAACCUACAGAAUUCAAGCUGAUGCGGACUGCAGCUGACGCCCCUGCUAUUAUGAAUUGGGAUUUAUUUUUCACAAUGAAGAGAAACACCAAGGUUGUAGACUUGGACAUGUUUAAGGACCACUGCGUUCUGUUCCUGAAACACAGCAAUCUCCUCUAUGUUAAUGUGAUUGGUCUGGCUGACGACUCCGUCCGCUCUCUAAAGCUGCCUCCUUGGGCCUGUGGAUUCAUAAUGGAUACAAAUUCUGACCCGAAGAACUGUCCCUUCCAGCUUUGCUCCCCAAUAAGACCCCCAAAAUAUUACACAUACAAAUUUGCAGAGGGCAAACUGUUUGAGGAAACUGGUCACGAAGAUCCGAUCACAAAGACCAGUCGCGUUUUACGCAUAGAAGCCAAAAGCAAGGAUGGAAAGCUAGUGCCCAUGACGGUUUUUCACAAGACAGAUUCUGAGGACUUGCAGAGGAAGCCUCUCUUGGUGCACGUAUAUGGAGCUUACGGAAUGGAUCUGAAGAUGAACUUCAGGCCUGAAAGGCGGGUCUUGGUGGAUGAUGGGUGGAUCUUAGCAUAUUGCCAUGUUAGGGGUGGUGGCGAGCUGGGUCUCCAGUGGCAUGCCGAUGGCCGUCUAACUAAAAAGCUCAAUGGCCUUGCUGACUUAGAGGCUUGCAUUAAGACGCUUCACAGCCAGGGCUUUUCUCAGCCGAGCCUAACAACGCUGAGCGCUUUCAGUGCUGGAGGUGUGCUUGUGGGAGCACUGUGUAAUUCUAAGCCAGAGCUCCUGAGAGCAGUGACCCUGGAGGCCCCUUUCUUGGAUGUUCUCAACACCAUGAUGGACACCACACUUCCGCUGACACUGGAAGAGUUGGAAGAGUGGGGGAACCCUUCGUCUGAUGAGAAACACAAGAACUACAUAAAGCGCUACUGUCCGUGCCAGAAUAUUAAGCCACAGCAUUACCCUUCAGUUCAUAUCACAGCGUAUGAAAACGACGAGCGAGUGCCACUGAAAGGAAUCGUGAACUACACCGAGAAGCUUAAGGAGGCCGUCGCAGAGCACAGCAAGGGAGCAGGGGAAGGCUAUCAGCCCCCCAACAUUGUUUUAGAUAUUCAGCCUGGAGGGAACCAUGUGAUUGAGGAUUCUCACAAAAAGAUCACAACCCAGAUGAAAUUCCUGUAUGAUGAACUUGGACUUGACAGCACUGAUGCUUUCGAGGCUCUGAAGAAAUACCUAAAAGUCUGAAACGCCGCUGCCUUCAGCCGGGACUGGAAACAAUGGAAAUAGUGAUCAGUCUUAUUUCCACUUGGUUUAGCGAAAGUGGGUUUUUUAAGUUAUUCUAUAACGUUUUAGAAGUUGUUUCUUUGUGUAA